AGCUUGCAGGGAAAUCUUUGGGAACCCGGAAGCGCUCCUCCGUCCGCAGAGGCUGGGCUGGUGUUCUUGAGGCUACGGCGACUUAAAUCACCCGCGAUCGGCACAUCCAUCUAUAUCGGGCGCCUGACAUAUUUAUCCGCAUUUGGCUUGAAGGCGAGCGAGCAUGGCUGGUCGAAUGCCGGCUUGCGUUGUCGACUGUGGCACCGGGUACACAAAGCUUGGUUAUGCUGGAAACACGGAACCCCAGUUCAUCAUACCGUCAUGCAUUGCAAUCAAAGAGUCCGCCAAAGUUGGCGACCAGGCGCAGCGGCGAAUGAUGAAGGGUGUUGACGAUCUGGAUUUUUUCAUCGGGGAUGAAGCUAUCGAUAAGCCAUCCUAUGCAACAAAGUGGCCAAUCCGACAUGGAAUAGUGGAAGACUGGGAUCUGAUGGAGAGAUUCAUGGAGCAAGUCAUCUUCAAGUAUCUGCGGGCGGAACCUGAAGAUCAUUACUUCCUUUUGACAGAACCUCCGUUAAACACACCAGAAAACCGAGAGUACACAGCCGAGAUCAUGUUUGAGUCGUUCAAUGUCCCGGGUCUCUACAUUGCUGUUCAGGCUGUCCUGGCUCUGGCAGCCUCCUGGACAUCCCGGCAGGUGGGCGAGCGAACAUUGACGGGGACCGUGAUCGACAGCGGCGACGGCGUCACGCACGUCAUCCCAGUGGCUGAAGGCUACGUCAUCGGCAGCUGCAUCAAACACAUCCCCAUCGCGGGCCGGGACAUCACGUACUUCAUCCAGCAGCUGUUGAGGGAACGAGAAGUGGGAAUCCCUCCUGAGCAGUCGCUGGAGACUGCCAAAGCUGUCAAGGAGCGCUUCAGUUACGUGUGCCCCGACCUCGUCAAGGAGUUUAACAAGUACGACACGGACGGGUCCAAGUGGAUCAAGCAGUACACAGGCAUCAACACAAUCACCAAGAAAGAGUUCCUGAUCGAUGUGGGCUACGAGCGUUUCUUAGGGCCCGAGAUCUUCUUCCACCCCGAGUUUGCCAACCCAGAUUUCACACAGCCCAUCUCCGAGGUGGUGGAUGAGGUCAUCCAGAACUGCCCUAUCGAUGUCCGCCGCCCACUCUACAAGAACGUCGUGCUCUCGGGAGGCUCCACUAUGUUCCGAGACUUUGGCAGACGCCUGCAGAGGGAUCUCAAGCGCUCGGUGGACGCCAGGCUGAAAAUCAGCGAGGAACUCAGCGGUGGCAAGUUGAAGCCAAAGCCCAUUGAUGUGCAGGUCAUCACGCAUCACAUGCAACGAUACGCCGUCUGGUUCGGCGGCUCCAUGUUGGCGUCCACUCCCGAGUUCUACCAAGUGUGCCACACCAAGAAAGACUAUGAGGAGAUUGGUCCCAGCAUAUGCCGCCACAACCCCGUGUUCGGGGUCAUGUCUUAGGCCAUGGGGGGGAGCUGGUUGGGCGGAGCUGGAGGUCAAAUGUCGGAGAAUCACACGGCGUGGUGCUCUCAUGAGCUUUUGGCGCUCCAAAAGACCUCUUCAUUGAGCUCGAAUGACAGCGGACCAAACAAACUACCAACGGCGGUAACGACGUGACUCAAUUAGAAGGGACGGGCAACUCCAAUCACGUUUCCUGCAAAUAAUUUAAUAAUCGCUGGUAAAUAUUUAAUUAGUGCUCACAGGGUUGUAACACGCUUUCUCAACAUGCCUGGGUCAGCUUGUCUGUCGGGAGGCGGGGCUAAAUAAACGAUGAGUCAUGAAA